AUGAGGACUUUGGUGGCCCUUCCCUCUCUCCCCAGAGCUCUGGUGCUCGCCUGUUUGAUACUUACUUGCGUGCAAGCUACAGCAAAAUUUACCAUUGUCAACGGCCAAAUAUACACACCAGGCUUAGCGAUAAUUGAUGCGCCUCAACCGUUCACGCCUGAAGGAGGUGAUUUCCUCCAAGUCGCCAUCGAUAUCUCCGGAAAUGGCCGCAUCCCUCAGCCUCCGUACUCUCCCAAUGUUGAGACCGGCAUUCUCAAUAUCACCAUCUUCCUGUUCAGCUAUGCGACAGGCCUCAACUUGACGAUAUCCAAUGGCACCAGUCAUGGCUGGUUGAGCGAUGGCCCGGAAGCACCAGAGUUCCGUUGUAACUCCACGACCAGUCAAGGCUUUCAGAAUGCGGGAUGUGAGGAGAUCAUGGCGCAAGAGAAUGGCAGUACUGUGAAGCAUGUCAACUGGGCAUGGCCUGACUGUUUCGUCGGUGAUGGUGACAAGAAUUCGGGUGCUUCCUCUGCCAGAGGCUCGUAUAAUGUCUCGAUUCAUCAGUCCUUCCGACUCAAUGGAACCGCAUAUUACACGAUCUUCAACCUCCCCAUCCAAAUCACCAAUUCCAUUCCCAACACCACGCAGCUGGCAUCCAGAGGCACUCGCCCAUCGUGUGCUCUCCGAGAAAAUGUCCUGCAGAAUCAGACGAGCCAAGAUGCGAGUGUGUCUCUGCCACCUUCUCAGCCAUAUCUCGGCGGCGCUCUCAGCGUUGAAGGCGGGACGCAGAAUCAAGCAGUUGCUCAGCUGCACGGCCUUGAUCGCCGUAUAACAAGACUCUCAACCAUACUUGUCAUCACUCUUAUUUCAGGCUUGGUGUUGUGA